GAGGACACCGUCCGCUCGGGUCCAGCUUUCGCCGAGGUAUCAGGAGGGGAGGCAGGAUUCCUCUGAAAGGGCUGGGCUGUCAGCUCGGUGUCCUGCGUCCGAGGAGGAGAGGAGCAGCAGAGAGAGAGAGAGAAGCAGAGAGGGCGAGAGAGAGAGGGAUAAAAGAUCACCAGUGCUGAGCUACCAGCUGCCUUUUAUUUUAUUUUUUUCCUCCGUCGGAGCUGUGCUGAAAGUCGUUCACGAUGCCGGUGUUUCACACCAAGACCAUUGAGAGCAUCCUGGAGCCGGUGGCCCAGCAGAUCUCCCACCUGGUCAUCAUGCAUGAGGAGGGGGAGGUGGAUGGGAAAGCCAUCCCGGAUCUGUCGGUGCCGGUGGCCGCGGUGCAGGCGGCUGUGAGCAACCUUGUGCGGGUGGGGAAGGAAACCGUUCAAACCACAGAGGACCAGGUGAUGAAGAGAGACAUGCCUCCUGCUUUUAUUAAGUAAGCCUAUCGCUGAACCAUAGCGCAUGUUCUGGAAAAAUAAAUGACUGCCACUGUAUCUCUGUCUGACAGGGUCAAAAUGCUGGAAAUAAUGGACUUUAUCUCAGCACACAGAGAACUUGUUGAAAAGAGGAUUCCAGGCGUUUUAAUGUCAGGAAACCUGGCUCCGUUCCCAGCUACAACAAAAAGCUACUUCUGAGGCUGAGCCCGGGUGCUUGUCCGGCUCCAGCAUCCA